AUGGAGCUGAUUAUUUCUGCAUUGAACAAUGCUGACGAUUGUGUAAGGAGCAAACACAAAUCUCACGUGGACCAGUUUAUCAUGAUAGUUUUGCAUUUUUUGGUGCCGUUUACGAGAUUGCAGCCUGACCUCCCUGACUGCCAGCGGCACACAGUGAAAAAAGCAAUGUAUACGCUAGUUAAGAAGGGUCUCAGGAAUUCCCGAGGUUCGACUCCUUUGCAAGUCGCUUGCUCCCCAGAAUUUGAGGAAAUUGAAGAUCCGGAUCUGCCUAUGUCUGCCACUCCCAGAGCGGAAGUCGUGAACCUUCUGCUAGAGACUGGCUCUGAUCCCAGUGCCACAGACAACGAAGGUAACACACCUCUCCACGCAAUUGCCAAGAACGAAGAGUGUCCCAAAGGUAUAGUAGACGCCCUCUUGUCAAGAGGGGCUCACUUAGAUGCUAGGAAUGGUCAGGGCCAAACGUUCGCAUCCUUGAGAGCUGACCAAGGGCAGCCCAGUUUCCUCAGUUACCAUACGGAUGGUCCAAGGCGUCUUGCAUCGAGAAUGGCGGGAUGGCAAUGGGAAUCGUUAUUGAACGCAGCGACAAUUCUUGGACAUGCAACCUGUGUCCAGGAUCCUCUCGAUUACCACAACGCAAAUAUUGAAGGAUUGUUGUCAGGCCACCUGGAGGUCGUGGACUUUCUCCUUUCCAAAGGAGCCAAUCCAAUGCAAAUGGCGUUCACGACCUUCAACAGCACGCCCUUGGCAGCAGCGUGUUCCCACGGACACUUCGAAGUUUGCCCAAACCUUCUCGUGGCACACGGAGCUUGCACACCUUUAAUGGCAGCGAGCUCUCGUGGUCAUGCAAAUAUCGUUGAAUAUCUCGUUUCCAGAACAGAUAUUUCUAGGAUGGAGAAGAUCGAAGCGCUGAGCUUCUUGGAGCCUCAGUUUUUAGACAAAAAUAAGAGAUGCAGUUCGGUGCUGUCGAGUACUGGAAGUCAACGCCUGAGUCUGAGGUACGUCGAUGGAGCGCUGAUGUACCCAAAACCUGACCAUCACCUGUCAUGUCCUUUAUGUGACGAAUUCGGUGAAUUCACGACCGUCCAACAACUGGAGGCCAUAGAAAACAACAACAAUGCAGUGUACCUACAGUCUCUGCUUGUGAGGGAAAGGAUCCUGGGUACUGAUGAUGCUGGAACAAUGAGAAGUUUCCGGUCGACCGGGCUUGAUUAUGCAAGAUGUGGUGAUUUGAAAUGGUGCAUCAACUUAUGGCUUCACGCCAUCAUGAGUAGGUUAGUGAAUAUGGAUCCAAGGGACUCCACAGGUUCGACUCUCCUCCACCUGGCAUGUUCCCUGGGUGUCAGGGACAUUGGAAACUUGCUGCUGCCAAUCUCUGCUUCUCUCAGGACAGAGAUCGUAGACCUUCUCCUGGAAACUGGUUCAGAUCCUUGUGCCAGAGACCAUGAGGGUAACACGCCCUUGCAUACACUUGCCUGGAAUGAAGACGUUUCAGAGAACACAGUAGGUGCUCUUCUGUCUGCUGGAGCUAACUUGGACGAUGUAAAUAGCAGAGGUGAAACUUUUGGAUCGUUGAUGGCUUCCCGGGAACAGCCACUUGGUCAAUUUGAAGAUACUGCGAGUCAUAGUUCUGUGCAGUGCCUGGUUGCUGAAUGA